GAGAGGAAGCAGGACGCCACCUGCUGAUGGGUUGUUAAUCGGAAGACCAUGGUGCGCGAUUUUCGUCCCCUAUGACCCUGUCCAAUGGUCAUCAUAAUUUGCUAUGAUUUCUUGAUUUCAAAAUUCGAAAAUGGCCCGUUUGAAGGACGGAUCUUGUUGAUUCAGUGAAGGAGAAGAAGAUAGACGCUAUUGCAACUCUCCAAUCAUGCAAGUCCUAGCUACUAAAAUGCUCGAAACCAGAUCACUCCAUACCAAAUACAUUAAAGGAUUUAUACCCUCGUCUCUGUUUUCCUGCAAUAAUCUGCUCAAUAUGUAUCUUAAACAUGGUGACCUUCCCAGUGGCCUCCAACUGUUCGAUGAAAUGCCUGACAGAAAUGUUGUAUCUUGGGCAAGUGUCAUUGCAGGGUUUUCUCAGCACGGCUUUCAUCAGCAAGCCCUCUCCAUAUUCGCUCGAAUGCACCGUUUAGAAAUGAAGCCAAACGAGUUUGUUUUCGUCAGCGCCCUUCAAGCUGCCUCAUUUUCAAACUCUUUACAUAUUUCUUACCAAACAUACUCUCUGGUUAUCAAAUCUGGAUUCGAGUCCAACACCUUCUUAGCCAAUGCGAUUCUCAAAACUUUACUGCGGCACAAGAGGUUUCAAGAGGCUUUAUACGUUUUCAAUAAUUGUCGAAAUAAAGACGUCGUGUCUUGGAACACCAUGAUGAAUUCAGUUUCCAAGAUCCCAAGAUUUUGGUAUCAGAUGUGCCGAGAAGGAGUAAAGCCUGACGAAUUCACUUUCGCAACUGCACUUACCGGCUUAGCCAGUCUUUCCAAUAUCGAAUUCGGCAUUCAAGUUCAUUCUCAGCUAGUUAAGUCCGGUUAUGGUGAUAAUAGGUGCGUUGGAGAUUCGUUAGUAGAGAUGUACCUCGAAAGCCAGAAUCUUUUCGACAGUCUCAAGGCAUUCAAGGAAACGGAUUGUAAAGACGUCGGCUCAUGGAACCAGUUAGCCAAGGGAUGCAUAAAUUGCGGGGAACCGAGUAAAGCGUUGCAAUUUAUUCAUGAUAUGAGGGUUGAAGGUUUCGAGCCGAAUAGAUUCGUUCUAGCAACUGGUCUCAACGCUUGUUCCGAUUUAGCGUGUUUGGAAGAAGGGGAAAAGAUUCAUACUUUGAGAAUAAAGCUUAGCGAUGAAGUGGAUAUAUGCGUCGAUAAUGCGUUGAUCGACAUGUACGCGAAAUGUGGCUUCAUGGACGGUGCGGUUAAGGUUUUUCGAUUGAUGGGUGAUCGUUCGGUCGUUUCGUGGACGACCAUGAUUAUGGGAUUCGCUCAGAACGGCUGUGCUCGAAGAGCUCUUGAGAUGUUUGACGAAAUGAGAUCGAAUGGGGUUGAGCCUAGCGAAAUAACGUUUGUUUCUGUUCUUUACGCUUGUAGCCAAGGUGGGUAUGUUCGAGAAGGUUGGAAACAUUUCUUGUCUAUGACGAAAGAUUAUGGGAUCGUUCCUUGUGAAGAUCAUUACGCGUGUAUGGUUGACUUAUUAGGGCGUGCGGGGCUUAUAGGCGAGGCGGAGGAAUUGAUCGGUAGGAUGCCUCCUUUUGAAUCGGGUUUUAUGGUAUGGAAGAUGUUUCUUAAGGUAUGUUUGGUUCAUGGGGAUGUGGAGACGUCGAGGCGGGUGGCUAAGAAGAUUGUUGGAGGAGAAGAGGAUCCUUCUAUUAGGGUUUUGGCGUCCAAUGUUCUUGCUAGCUCCGGUAAUUGGAGUGAUGUAGAGGUGCUUAGGGAAUUCAUGGAAGUAAAGAAAGUGCCGGCUUCGAGUUGGGUUCGAACAAAAGGAUUGAUUUAGUUUGAUUAAACAUAUGUGGUCUGUCUUAUUCCCGGGAAAACAACGAAUGAUGACUUCAUUUAUGGAAAAACCAAUCAAGUC